AUGACGUCCGACCGGACCAACAAAUAAAAUAACAAGGCAUCUAACGAUAAUGGAAAUCAACGAGAGUUUACUCAAAGAGGAAGUGAGCAGCUUCGUCUCCUCUCUCCAAAAACUCCUCCCAAAGAAGAAAUCAAUCAUUACCGUUGUGGCGCCGCGAAAAUCCAACCUGAGAAGACUGACGAACGUCCAUAUUGAAGCGAAAAGUGUGUUUCCAAAAUGUUUCAUCGGUGCCAAACUUGUUGUCCUGAGGGAAAUCAUGAACAAGGUAAAGUUGGUCCAACAAUACAACUACUACAACCCCAACACGUCCAAAGAGACGUACAGGAGCUUCCCUAACCUAAUCAAUAACGAAAUGGAGCCAAAACGAACUGACGACGGGCUCGUAAUAGACACCACAGGUUGCGCCACAGCUACAUACACGGAAAAUAUUGAAGGAUCGUAUGAAGUGCGGCUGACCUCUAAAAUCAAGGAUCUUAUCUCGUCCGAUACUGAGCUGGUUCUGGAGAAGGAAACAAGUAGGUCAGUCGGUUCUUUAACCUUUAGCAUGAAAGACGUCGAUCCAUCGACUUUGAAAUUCGUGACGCAGUGGAUGCAAGUGGUACAGCCAGAUUUCUACGUGGGCACGGAGCUCACGCUUAGGCCACUGGCGUAUCCUUCGAAGCCAGAAGUAGCGAUCAGCGCACGGUACGAGCGCCAAUCCUUAACCCUGUCCUCGACAAUCAGCAGAGCGGGCUUCCAGUUAUGUUUGUAUAAACAGUUCGCAUCAGACAUGAGAAUAUCCACAAUCAUCCACGAGAGCAAUCGAGGUACGCCUGCAACAAUCGCUAUAGCCCUUCACAAGAACUACCAAAAUGGUUCGGAACUAAAAAUAUUUGUUGAUUCUGAUAAAUGUGGCGGGCUCACCUUCCAGAAAGACGUACUUUUCGUGGAGCAUCAUGAGCAGCGCGUGAUACACCUGGUUACCAGCGCUCUACUCGACAGACAGCGGCGGGUGCGCUUCGGCUUUGGGUUCAACUUAGAUUUUUGACUAUUAAGUGUCAUGCUUCUAUCACAAAUAAAUUGCUGGUAUACAAAGAAGUGUGUGGAAUGCUCACUUUUUGUAGAAUUAUUUGUUUGUAUAUAAGUAUACAUAGGUUUUAGCUAUUGUUUUAUCUUGAUAACUUCCCCUCUGUUUCGAAGUGUGAUUAAAAUUUAU